CGACUGCGUCGAAUACGCUCUCUGACGCUCUCGGGUUUCUAUCCAGCUUUCUCGUGUGACACCGUGUCGCGAGUGUGCGUGCGCCCGUCUCGUCUUCGCGGGACAGUUUCGUCUUCGUUCAAGGAAACAGAACCGAGAUUCCGAGUGUCGAGGAUCGACCUCGGGAAUCCGUGUCGCGGCUCGUGCGUGCGUGCGUGAGAUCGUAGAAGCGAGUUGCGCGAUCGAACCAGUGAGAGAAUAACGGAAAAACGGUCAACGGGGCGACGUGUACGCUUUCCCGAGCGCGCGGCGCUCGUGUGUGUGUUUCGUGUAUGUGUUGUACGCGCGCGCGUACGAAUGCGAGGAAACGAGACAGGCAAAAGUGGUGAAUCGAGAGGCAGGAGAGAGCGGAAAACGCGAGAGAGUGAGAGAAGAGGAAAAGUGGGAAGUGAGUAUUGCGCGCGCGGCAUACAUCGUCAUCGGCGAGGAAGCUGUCCGGAAGUCACCUUCUGCUGGCGCGAAUCUCCGCUGCAAAAGAUAGACCGAUCAAGAGAGAGAGAGAGAGAGAAAGAAGACUCGGUCGCGAGUGGGCGAGGUAACCCGAUAGAAGAAACGGGAGGAAGAAAAGUAGCGAGAAAGACAGAAGAAGAGCUGAAAGAGAGGAGGAAGACAGUCGCAUCUAGAGAAAGAAGAGAGGGUGAUCCGUCAGCGGUGCACGCGAGUUUCGCGAGACGGAGAACGAGAACAAGUAGUAGACCGAAGGAAGGAGAGAGAGAGAAUUCGUCGCGGACGAAGGAAUGUGAGAAGCGACCGAGCAGUGCCGUGUAAACACGAGUGUCUCCAGUGAAAACGAGGCGGCCCACCAGCGACGUUCGAUGUCAUUGCCUCUUUCGACCUCGUCGAACGGCAUCCUCGACGGCUCGACGUCGUAGAGACAAGAGAGAGAGAGAGAGAGCUCGUGCAUCCGUGUGGCAUCGAUCAUCGUCGCCGCCACCACAUGAAUUCGCAUCACAAAUGACGGCGCACCGGAUCGUGGGCGGAUUAGCAGCGAGGUGUUGGCUCGACUCGUCGUCGUCGUCGUCGUCAUCUUCGUCAGUUUAGCGGACAGAGUGUGACACGAAAUGAAUCGAAGAGUAGGAUACAGCAAUUACGAUGGCAAGAUCGCCGGUCUGUACGACUUGGAGGAGACCCUCGGCCGCGGACACUUUGCCGUGGUGAAGCUGGCACGGCACGUUUUUACCGGUGAGAAGGUCGCAGUGAAGGUCAUCGACAAGAGUAAGCUCGACGAAGUCUCCAGAGCGCAUCUCUUCCAAGAGGUGCGGUGCAUGAAACUGGUGCAGCAUCCCAAUGUAGUGCGGUUAUACGAGGUGAUAGACACGCAGACCAAGCUAUACUUAAUUCUCGAGCUCGGGGAUGGCGGAGAUCUCUACGAUUACAUCAUGCGACACGACAGCGGCCUCAGCGAAGAGGUGGCCAGGACUUACUUUCGACAGAUAGUUCGGGCCAUAUCGUACUGUCAUCGCUUACACGUGGUACACAGGGAUUUAAAGCCCGAGAAUGUCGUAUUCUUCGAAAAACUCGGCACGGUGAAACUCACGGACUUCGGAUUCAGUAAUAGAUUCUGUCCUGGUCAGAAGCUCGAAACUUCGUGCGGCUCAUUAGCGUACUCCGCUCCAGAGAUACUUCUAGGUGAUAGUUACGAUGCCCCCGCAGUAGAUGUUUGGUCGUUGGGCGUAAUAUUAUACAUGUUAGUAUGCGGCCAAGCACCGUUUCAAGAAGCGAACGACAGCGAAACGUUGACGAUGAUUAUGGACUGUAAAUAUUCGAUCCCGUCACACGUGUCCGACGGUUGCAAGCGGUUGAUCGCGAAGAUGCUCGUGCGGGAACCCGAAGGCAGAGCAUCUCUCGAGGAGAUCGCGGCGGAUCCGUGGUUGGCGAUCGGUUCCGAUUCGGACACCAUGGAGACGUUACCGCUCGUGUCGCGUCAACAGGUCUCUGACGAUCAUCAUAAUCACAUAAUUACCAAAAUGGUUAACGGUAAUAUCGCCACCAAGGAAGAGAUAUUGGACGCGCUAGACAAGAACGAAUACAACCACAUCACCGCGACGUAUUUUUUGCUGGCGGAAAGGAAGUUGCGCGCUCAUCGGCAGGAACAGAUGCAGAAAACUCGACCGGAGGCUCUAGAUGUUUCCUCGAAUCGGCAGGAUGAGCUGACAACAAAUCUGCGAACAGAUCAGAAUUCCUUGGGCACUGUCAAUCAAUCGUUAUUAAGCGUGCCACGAACGCCCGGUGAUGUACCGCAGAACGUGCGUACGCGCAAAUGCAGUAUCGUCCAAGAGGAGGAAGACGAAGAUGAUGUAUCUUCCUGUUCCGGCCGUGAUGAGCGCGGCAGUAAUUCGACGUUAAAUUCCUUUAAUCGGCGUGGUUCCCGUUCCGAGGGAAAGCUUUCGCAUAUCCUGCAGGAACGGUUAUCACAACUUCCGGAGAAAACUGGCACAAAACCUGUGCAAGGUCAACGGCAUUCGAAUCAGAAAGAGGAUACCGUUAUCGCCGACAGAGGAGAAAGACUGAAGCAGAGUUCAAGAAACGAAAAGGAUAAUAAAAAAUCAUCGUCGCCGGUACACUCGAAGACGACGGCAAAGGUCCAAACGGGUAACGUUUUCUUAGAAAAGCUGCCCGCGUCACCGCGGAUUACCACGACUUGCGAGGAAAAUCUGAAGAAUCGAUUAAGUGACGCAAAUACUCCAACCACAGGAUGGUCUAGGAAAGCCAACAAUGCGGAAGGCAGGCCCAAGUCGGUGACAGAAUGUUUAAACCGGACUGCCGCAUCUGUACCGACGAACAAAUGGAGGAUAGGUCCUCAACAUCAUCGGUUCAGCGUGCCGCUUACAGAGCCCACGAUUUCCUCGAAAACUCCGUCCCAAGUCCCUACAAAAGCAACAGUGACGACUACUCUAAUCGAAUCGUCAACCGUAUCGAUACCUCUUCAUCCGAUUAGCGACAAUCAAGUGACGUUAACGCCUAAAUACAAGACGAUGCCGUCUCCUGGCAGCGGUAAUUCGUCUACAACGCAACUCAAUGAAAUCCUGGAAGACGGGGAUGGCACGCAGGCGUCGGUAAAUUCGACAGAAUGCGGAGGUUCGACGACCAAGUGCCGUGUUGUGAGGCGAACGGCGGCGUACGAGCAACGGAGAAGCAAAUUCCAUAAGACGCGCACAACCUCCUGCUCGAGUUCCGACGCCAGCGACGACGACAGCGAAAGCAGAAAGAAGAGGGCGCACAAACUUGGCGCCUCCACUGGCAAACCCUUACCUCCAAGACGCGACAGUCACGACGACUCGAGCGACUCGCAGGAUCCGGGAGGAAGCGGUGGCGGGCGAGGCGGGAUGGUCGGCGGUGGAGGAAGCGGAGUGAGCAACGGCGAGCACACGACGACGACCGAAAGCAAUCGAAACGACAAUAGUAGCGGCACUAACACGACGAACACAAAUACAACGACUGGAGGUGGGAGACAUCGAUGUACCGAUAAUCAGGUCAUAUUCGGCAGGAGACAUCGCGCCGGUAGAAGAAGAGCCGGCGAGACUCGUUUACGAGAGAGCCAAUCGUUGAAUCGUAUCACCGAGGUACAGGAGGCCGAGGCGCCUUUGUCCUGUCACAAUCACUGUCACGUGUCGCGUAAUUCAACCGUAAUUGGCGCGACAAACAUCUCGUCAUCAUCGUCAUCAUCGUCACAAAACAAUAUGACUUCCCAACACGGUGUUGUUCAGCCUGUCUCUCAAGUGGCAACCACGACGGUACAGAAGGCCAAAGGUCUCGGAGCGAGGCUAUUGCAGAGCUGGUCGCUCGGCGGUGGAAAAUUAUCGCAAAACUCGAACAAACAUUCUCACAGCCCCGAUGGCAGAAAUAAUAAUCAUCGUCAGUCGGACAACUGUCAAACGAUCGGCAACGACGAUCAUCGCGGAGAACAUCACAAGUGCACCAGUCAGGCGUGCAACGACAAGGAGAAUCGCAACGGCAAUGGCUCGAUGAAUCGAAACGAGUGUAAAAACCGGAAGAUUCGGCUGCUAAGCCGUUACUUCGCCAUGCACAAGAAACUCUGCGUACCGUUGCCGGGCAUCUUCGGCAAGGGACGCCUAUACAAGGCUCGCUCGUGCGGCAGCAUCACGCGCGAUCGCGUGAAUCCGCCUUCGCCCAAGUCGAUGCUGUUUUGCUCUACAGCGGCGGCCGAGGACAAGUGGCGGGAGCGUCGUCAGUGGUGCGACGCCGCGACGAAGCAGCACCGCGGCAGCGACGGUGACAUCAAUCAGAAUCUAGGUCUCGCGCAUCUCGUGCAGGAGAGCAUCGUGGGCAAGGGCUGCACUAAGCUGCCCGCCGUGUGCCACAUCCAUCUCGGGGACGCUUCCAAGUGUUGCAGUCUUUGUUGAUGAAUCGCUUACGCUCAGAGGAGACGGAAAACUCGAGCGCAAAAAUGAGAGACGCAAAAGUGCGGGUAAGUGAGUUUUCAGUGCCAGUGACUAUAGCUAAAUAGCGUGAAACUUAUUUUUUUGCGCGACAAUCUUUUUCUGCAAACUGUGUAUAUAAUUUUUAGUGAGUUAUUUUAUCGAUAUAGAAAUAUUUUUAUCGUUUGAAAGAUCUGAUUUUCGGGGAUUUUUUUUAGGGGGAGGGAGGGGGAAUUUUUGAAACAGCAUAGAUGCCAUAUGUUUUGACAUACUUUAAGAUUAGUAGGCUAAUUGCAUUUCUAAGUGCAAAAUCGGUGUCAGGUAUGUUUGUAUAUAGAAACAACGUCAAAAGCAAUUCAGGGUGCAAAAUGUGUGUACUCGCAAUUAAUAUUUUACUCCCUAAAAAAAAAAAAA